AUGGCAUCUCAGCUCCAGUUCUUUUCCCGGAGGUCACCUGUGGUCUGUACUCAAGGCUGUGUUGCUUCGAGCCAGAUGCUUGCUACAAAUAUUGGUCUUGACACGCUAAGGAACGGUGGGAACGCAGCAGAUGCUGCUGUGGCUGUGGCUGCCGCGCUCAACGUCACGGAGCCAUGCAGCACCGGCUUGGGUGGAGAUUGCUUCUGUCUUUACUACGAUGCAAACACGAAGCGCGUGCAUGGGCUGAACGGCAGUGGUAGAUCUCCAAGGGCAUUGACUCUUGAGCUCUUGAAAGAACAAGGAUUUGAUGAAGCAAAUCCUCUUCCUCCACUUCAUGCCCAUAAUAUCACAGUACCUGGUGCAGCAGCUGCCUGGUGUGAUGCUGUUUCUCUGUAUGGAAGCAAAAAGCUCUCUCUGAGCCAGCUGCUACAGCCUGCUAUUGAACUGGGCGAAAGAGGUUUUCCUGUGGCAGAGAUUACCGCCUAUCACUGGAAGCGUGAUGCUCAUAUUCUGCAGUCGCUUGGAAAUAAGCAUGGGAGGGAGUUACUCAUUGAUGGCCAAGGACCACUGCAUGGGCAGGUUUUCUCCAAUCCCUUUUUGGCUAACACUUUUAAGGAGCUGGCAAGAUAUGGCAAGAGGGGGUUUUAUGAAGGUCGGAUUGCAGCUGCUAUUGUAGAAACAGUUCAAAAACAUGGAGGAGUGAUGGAUUUAGAAGAUGUCAGAAACCAUAGCACAGAGGAAAUCAAACCAAUUUUCACAAAUUACAGGGGUGUGAAUGUUUGGGAAAUACCUCCUAAUGGACAAGGAAUCACAGCUUUGAUGGCCUUAAACAUUUUGGAAAAUUUUGAUGUUAAAGGCAUGGGUCAUAACACAGCAGACUACUUGCAUAUGCUUAUUGAGGCCAUGAAGCUCAGCUUCACUGAUGCUUUCUCAUUCUGUGCAGACUCUGAUAAAGUUCUGGUACCUACAAAAGAACUUCUGUCCAAAACCUAUGCUAAACAGCGUUCUCGACUAAUAAAUUUACAAAGAGCCAGUGACAAAUUCAGUUCUGAAAAUAUUUUGCAGUUAGGAACGGAUACAGUGUACUUCAGCGUGGUGGAUCCUCAAGGCAAUGCCUGUUCUUUCAUCAAUAGCAACUACAUGGGCUUUGGUACAGGCCUGGUACCAGAGGGCUGUGGAUUUCCCCURCAAAAUAGGGGAGCUAACUUUUCCCUCUCUAGCAGCCAUCCAAACUGCCUUGCACCACAGAAACGUCCAUAUCACACUAUAAUUCCCGCCCUAGUGACGGCUGCAGACAGUGAGGAACUUCUGUGCUCCUUCGGAGUGAUGGGAGGGUUCAUGCAACCCCAAGGACAUGUACAGGUACUACUAAAUAUGUUGGAGUUUGGGAUGAAUCCUCAGCAAGCUUUGGAUGCAGCCCGGUUUUGUUUGAACUACUCCAAGGAAGAAGGCAGGUGGCAUCUGUCACUUGAAGAUGGUAUCUCGCAAGCUGUUGCAGAAGACUUGAGAGCCAGAGGUCACUGGAGCCAGUGGCCCAUCAGUGGGCACCACAGGAGCCUCUUUGGCCGUGGCCAGGUUAUCACUAAGGGGGACUGGUGGCAGUCUGGGGGCUCCUUGUCCUCCAGGCACUUGCAGAAUGUCCUGUGGGCAGGAUCUGACCCCCGCGGAGAUGGCUGUGCAGUGGGGUACUAGUCUGGAAUGAACAUGUGUGCAGUGCUGCGGCAUUAAUUUGCACGUGUAGCCACACUACUGACAUGGACACUUACUUGCAAUUAUAGUUCAAAGAAAUACAAAAGUUAUUCUACUUCAGGAACAACCAGGUUGCUUCCACCUUUCAAACCCAAGUGUGGCACCAAAUGUGUGAGUUAGAAGAAUCCAGUACGCACACUACUACUGUGUGUAGUGCACAUACCGCCUGGCAGAUAGGUGCUGUGUGUAUCCAUACAUCAUGCAAUUUGGGAUGUAUUUUUCCAAUAUGUUCCUGUUAAGAAAAUAAAUAAG